AGGUCAGGUUAAAUUAAGUCACUCCAAUGCAAUUUGUGUAUUUUUAGACAUAAAAGGGGCUUUUGACAAUGUAAAUAUAGAGGAACUUAUUCAAAUAUCCCAUGAUAUUGGUAUCCCAGGUCAUAUACUUAAAUGGCUUUACAACUUUUUGAACAAUAGAACUGUGUUUGUAAAAUACAACAAUAAAUUACAUGGCCCUAAGACUGUUAAUAAGGGCACAAUGCAAGGAGCCACUCUGUCUCCUUUACUUUAUAAUUUAUACACCUCUGAAAUAUUAAAAUUUGUAAAUGUACCAGAUGUUAAAAUAUUACAAUUUGCAGAUGACUUACUUUUGUAUAGCAUACAUCAAAAUAUAGAAAUAGCUACGGUCAAAAUAAAUACUGCUUUGAAUCAAUUGUAUUACUAUUACCACAAUAAACUUAAGUUAGAAAUAAGUCCUGGAAAAAGUUCGGUUCUAAUUGUUAGUAAAAAUCGAAACACUAAUUUUAAUGUGAAAAUUUUGUACAACAAUGUAGAAAUUCCUAUUGUUAAACAACAUAAAUUCCUAGGGAUUAUUAUUGAUGAUCAAUUAAAGUUUGAUGAUCAUAUCAAACAUAUAUGUAGCAAAGCACUGAAUGGCAUAAACAUAUUGCGCUAUUUAGCAGGUAGUUUUUGGGGAUCUGACCCCAAAGUUAUGAGUAUGUUAUACAAAAGUAUAGUAAGAAGUCAUUUUGAUUACAGCAGUUUAGCUUAUAUGAAUGCCAGUACCACCUUACUAAGAAAAUUGGAUGUAAUCCAAAAUAUGGGACUGAGACUUAUUUGUGGAGCCAUGCGUUCCACACCAAUUAACUCAUUGGAAGUUGAGACAUGCAUACCACCCUUGAUGUUACGUAGGUUGAUGUUGGCUGAGAGAUUUUUCUUGAAGAUCAUUUCAUCAAAUAGUCAUUUACAUAAGAAACUGGUAGUAGAUCACAGGGUCUCUCAGUCAAUUUCAUGCAAUAUUUCUGCUUCUUCCUUGGUAGGUGGAAGUCUACCUGGAAUUACAACAAUAUUUUACUAUGUAAAUAAGAAUUCAAAAGAUAUUGCUGUUAAUGAUAUUUGGCCUAUGUAUAAAAUUCCUUUUCCUAGUUUAAUAAACAAUUUUACAGUUCAUUUAGAUGUAGUGCACAAUAAAUUUGAUUUCUUAGUGUUUAUUGAUAAUAAACCAGAUAAUUACAUUAUAUACACAGAUGGCUCUAAAACAGAUCAUAAUGUAAGGGCAGCAUUUUAUGAUCCACAACUGGACUUUACUAAAUGUAUAAAAUUAAAUGCAGCAUGUAGCGUUUUCACUGCAGAAAGCUAUGCUAUUUAUUGUGCAUUACAACAUGCAAUUUCUGUAAAUAAUGUACAUACAAUUCUCAUAGUUUCGGAUUCUAAGAGUGUACUAUCUGCUUUAAACAAUGUAAAUAUGUCUUUUAAGCUUAAUUAUAUAUUAUAUGAAAUUAGAGUUAAGACCAAACAGUUACUGGAUAAGUUUAUUAAAGUAGAGUUCGUAUGGGUGCCUUCGCACAGUGGCAUACCCGGAAAUGAAAUUGCUGAUGCUGCAACACAUUGGGAACAUUAUGAUGACCAGACAGAGCUUGUGAAGGUUCCAUUUUCCGAUUACCACAGCCACAUCAAAGAGAUCAACCGUAAAUUGUGGAAUGACUACUGGAAACUAACCCUAGAGAAUAAAGGCAAGUGGUAUGCAGAUAUCCAAAAAGAAUUACGAAUAAAACCAUGGUUUCAUAAUUGUGAAUAUAUUAAUAGAAGAUUUAUAACAACCAUAACUCGCAUGCGAUUAGGACACUGUUUAACGCCAGCUCACUUGAACAGAAUAAAUGUAUAUAACGAUAGCCGAUGUAAAUACUGUGAUGCUGAAGUUGCUGAUCUGGAUCAUAUUGUUCUGAAAUGUGCUAAUUUUAAUUUCCAACGUUUAAUUUUAGUAAGUGAAAUAUGUGAAUGUGAAGGUAAUGUUAAUGAUGAAUUUGAAUCCGAAGAAAUUCAACAAAGUGUUCCCCGCCACAUUCAGGAACUACUUGCCAACAAGAAGUUUUAUAAGACAUUGUAUAAAUAUAUAUGUAACACAGUAGAAAAAAUAUAAAAAGGUGUUAAGUUAAGAGUAUUGUAUAGCAAAUAAGUAGGUAUAAGAUUAUUUUUUCUUUGUAAUUUAGAAGUAUUUUAAAAUUGUCCAUGUUUUCGGCUGAAAGACUUGUAUCUAUGGCCAAGAAUAAAUUAAAAAAAAAAAAAAAAAAA